AUGUUACUUCAGAACUCUCCCAGAAAUGAGCUCAUAUCUUCACUUGUAGAACGUCUUGGAGUUCCUAAGGAUUCAACAUUUAUCUUUCGCACGAGUUCCAUGGAUCGGGCUGAAGGAGAUUAUUCAAAAGCUGAAAUUACCAAAAUCAACAAGGGUACUGUGGUUGUGGUUGAUGAGAAGAAUUUGUUGCUAGUUCUGGCUGUCCAAUGUAACGAGUUCAAGGAAAUGUCAACAAAGGAGAGAGAGAGAUUUUCCAUGGGAAUCUCUACGCCCUUUUUACAUGCUAAAGCUCGACUCACCAACAAUCUUCAUAAGUCAAUUCAAUUGUUCAUUUUAGCGAUGAUUUGGUGGGGUUUGUUGGGAUGCUGUGGUUGGCGAGCUGGUAGCGAUCCGGGGAAGAAAAUUGGACCUUACGCCCUUAAAGACUUUUUACCUCGAAAAGAAAAAGAAAUCGAAGCUGAUCGGAAGCGGAUGGCUGAUUUUAGCAAAGUAAAGUCUUACGAAGAUCAGUUUGAUACUAAAUUCAAGAAGUUUGCUGCCGCCAAAGCUAAAAGAGAAAAGAGGAUGAAGGCUUCAACUUCAAAAGGUGCUGAGAAAGAUGUUCCACACAAAAGGACCGGAAAGGCAAAGAAUAAAAGUUCUCGCAAGUCUGAUUAA